AUGGCGCCAGCCUGGGUGGAUGGAGACUUGCCGGCCAGCUGGGCGUCCUCGGUGCCCGCGGCUGUGGCUGCUGCAGGCGUGGAGCUCCCCCUGCUGGCCGAGGGCAAGGAGAGCACAGGGCUGGACAGGCUGUGGCGAGCUCCCUGCGGGUGGGGAGGGUGGGCUGGAGCGGCUCGGGGCCGUGGCAGGCUCUGGGCAGUGACUGGGCCUGUGUCUCUGCAGGAGCCGUCCCUGUACACGGUGAAAGCCGUCCUCAUCCUGGAUAACGAUGGCGACCGCCUCUUUGCCAAGUACUAUGACGACACGUACCCCACCGUCAAGGAGCAGAAAGCCUUCGAGAAGAACAUCUUCAACAAGACCCACCGGACGGACAGCGAGAUCGCCCUCCUGGAGGGGCUGACCGUGGUCUACAAGAGCAGCAUCGACCUGUACUUCUACGUCAUCGGCAGCUCGUACGAGAACGAGCUGAUGCUCAUGGCCGUGCUGAACUGCCUCUUCGACUCGCUCAGCCAGAUGCUGAGGAAGAACGUGGAGAAGCGCGCCCUGCUGGAGAACAUGGAGGGGCUCUUCCUAGCAGUGGAUGAGAUCGUGGACGGAGGCGUGAUCCUGGAGAGCGACCCCCAGCAGGUGGUGCAUCGGGUGGCCGUGCGGGGCGAAGACGUCCCCCUGACAGAGCAGACAGUUUCUCAGGUGCUGCAGUCGGCCAAAGAACAGAUCAAGUGGUCCCUGCUGCGAUAGGGCUCGGAUCCCACCGCUGCCCCCAUCUCUACUGUGUCCCACCCCCCUGUCCUGUAUGACGCACUGCCUGGCGCCCUAACACGCUGGAGGAUUUUGCUGGA